AUGAAGAAAUUAGAAGCUGUACAAAGAAAAGGCUUGUCAAUAUGCCUAGGACUACCAGGAACAUCAGGUAGAGAGGCAAUGGAAGUUGAAGCCAACAUACAACCCAUAGACCUCAGAAUAGAGGAAAUAUCAGUACGUGAACUGGCAAAAAUACAGUCAAAGAACAUAGCAGAACCAAUUAAACAACAACUAGAACAGUAUUUAACAAACAACGCAACCUAUGAACAACAGGAUUCUCCAUUUGGUAAAGCUAUAAACCAAUCCAUAGACAUGUUCAAAGCCACGAAAGUUGACAUCAAACUUAUAGAACCAGAAUUCACAUACAAAGCUGGUGUAGAUGUAAUGCUAAGGAGAUCACCAAGUUAUUGGAGUCGUCUAGGUAGCUCAAAGAACAGAACAGCCGAACAAACUGUUGAAAGUAAACAGGUUGUAAAGGACCUAUUAGGAGACAGCACAGACUCAACAGUAGUGACAUUCACUGAUGGUUCAUGUCAAGGUAACCCGGGACCAUGUGGGGCAGGAGCAGUAGUAUAUUCUGGAAAUAGCCAAGGCAUAAGUCUAAAGAGGCCAGUAGCUAAUAGAGGAUCGAUACUUCUUGCUGAACUAGUAGCCAUACUAAUGGUCCUGGAGCACUGUAUAACGACUAUAAAGGACCAGUUUUCUGAGCUUAAAAUACUGUCAGAUAGCCAGACUGCUGUAGGCAUCUUGACUCUGAACUGGAAAUCUUCGAACUACAUCGACACAAUUACUGAUAUCAAAGAAUGCAUGGGAACGCUCUUAAGACACGGCAUACUAACAACCCUAUCUUGGAUCACAGGCCAUGCUAAUAUAGCCGGGAACGAGAUAGCGGACCAGUUGGCAAAAGACGCUGCAAAAGAGGCCUCAUCACUAAAUGAUCAGUAUAAUGUCAUAACCAUGUCAGAUGUAAGAUGUGCAGUCAAGAUGUCUACAAAACUCAAAUGGCAAAGCAGAUGGACAAUUAGUGAAACUGGAAGACAGCUUUUCAACCUAAUUCCUAUCGUUGGUAAGGACGCACAACUAGACAAGCCUAACAACCAAAUAGGAAGAAUAUUGUCAGAAAUAAGAACGGGCUACAGCAGACUUAACAAAUACAGAAACCAAAUCGGUCAAUCCCUCACGCCAUAUUGUGAAUGCGGAGAAGAAGAAACAUCAGAACACUUCCUGCUAUACUGCCCAAGAUACCAACAAGAAAGAGAGGACAUGCGAAGACAAAUGGAACUACUAAACAUCGAUCCAACAAAUAUGCAGUCAAUACUAGCACCACCAAAAAGAGAAACCUACGAAGUAACAUCGCAAAUUAUAGGGGAAUAUAUUACAAAAUCAGGGAGAUUCCAAGAACUUGCAAUCCCUGAUUCCCGAUCCUGCGCCUAA